CUAGUGGCAGAGCAGGGCUGAUUCCUUCUCCUGAUGUCAGACUGAGGGAGGAACUUCCUGCUUCCUCUCAAUCCCCUGCUGCCACCCAUAUAGGCUUUUUUUUAAAAAAAAAAUUUUAGGGGCCUAGCGUCCAUUGCUGCGUUGGAUGUUUCGGGGCUGCUGCCCUGGUUCUUGGAUGUGGGGGGAGGCACGUAGCCCCGUCAGGUUGGUCUGAUCCGCUGAAAGGCCCCUAUUCCGGCUCCGUUAUGAUCUGCUCGGUGACAGCUGGGGACAGGCUGAGCCUCACAGCAGCCCGGAGGGAACUGGAGAAGCCCCUGCCAGAGGGAGACUCGGCGCAGGUCCCCGUAACGUUUGAUGAUGUUGCCGCCUAUUUUUCUGAGGAUGAAUGGAAGGACUUGGAGGAAUGCCAGAAGGAACUGUACAAGGAUAUGAUGAAGGAGAAUUAUGAAGCCCUGAUUUCUCUGGGUAAUUUCACACCAUACAGCAACAACACUUUACUGCUGGAUGAUGGACCUAUCAGUGAUAAGGAAAAGUCCAAAUACAAUGACAAACUGGAAAGUAUUGAGGCCCCACCCCUGCCCAUGCUGGAUCAGGUGUUACCCUGCCCCGAUAUGGGAAAUGAAAGCACCAGCCAGCCAGAGCCAAGCCAGCCGGAGCCAAGUCAGCUGGAACGGAAUCAAAUGGGAAGCCCAGGAGAUAAUGAGGCUUCUUGUACAGAGACCUCGAACAAUCAGGCAGAACCUGGGAAGGACGAGGCAGAGAAACAGUAUCAGUGCACUCAGUGUGGAAAGAACUUCCGGAAAAGGGACAGCCUUAAGCGACACCAGCAGACCCACACGGGGGAGAGGCCCUACAAUUGUAUAGAGUGUGGCAAGAGCUUCAUCCAAAAGCAGCACUUGGUGACCCACCUGCGCACACACACCGGGGAGAGGCCUUACAAAUGCGACGAAUGUGGCAAGAGCCUGAGCACAAAUGAACGGCUGAAAAUCCACCAGCGAAUUCACACGGGCGAGAGGCCUUACAAGUGCGAAGACUGUGGGAAGAGCUUCAGGGCUCACCGGGUACUCAAGGUCCACCAGCAGACCCACACUGGAGAGAGGAUCCACAAAUGUGAAGACUGUGGCAAGCGUUUCCGGCACAAGCAGACCCUCCUGGCCCACCAAAGAAGCCACACUGGUGAAACCACCUAUCAGUGCAAUGAGUGCGGCGAGAGCUUUCGGACCUUCAAGCACUUAAAGUUCCACCAAAAGCUUCACCGAGGGGAAAAGCCCCAUGAAUGUGAGGACUGUGGUAAAGGGUUCAGGAAAAGGGAGCACCUCAGGAGACAUCAGCAGAUCCACACGGGUGAGCGACCCUUUUCCUGUGAAGAAUGUGGCAAAGGCUUUAUCCAGAAGCAUCACCUGGUGAGACACCAGAGAACCCAUACCGGAGACAGGGCCUUCACUGUGGUCAUAGUGGAAGAAUUCAAUUAUUCCAAUAACAACGGCAACAACAACAACAAUGGCAACUAUAGGGGCAGUCCGCAUAUCUGCAGCGAGUGCGGAAAGAGCUUCACUACUUACGAACAUCUGAAGCGCCACAACAGGAUACACACCGGGGAACGGCCUAACAAGUGCGCGGAUUGCGGCAGGACUUUUAAAUCUCAGAAGCUUCUGAAGGCCCAUCGACAGGCCCAGGACGAGGAGACGGGGCUCUGUAGGGAGGAGGACAGCGAGAACAGUGAAAGCCAACACAUCGGGCCCGGAGAGAAGCCAUUUGAAUGUGGCGAAUGUGGGAAAAUGUUCCGCUUUCUCAAGCACUUAAAGUUCCACCUCCACACCCACACGGGUGAAAGGCCCUUCAAGUGUGAAUCCUGCCAGAAAACCUUCAGGAAAAGAGACUGCUUGAAACGGCACCAGCAGAUCCACACGGGGGAACGGCCUUUCACCUGCGCCGACUGUGGUAAGGGUUUCAUUCAGAAGCAGCACUUGGUGAGGCACCAGAGAACCCACACAGGGGAGAGGCCUUACAUCUGCAGCGAGUGCGGCAAAACCUUCAGCACCUGCGAGCACCUGAAGAUCCACGGGCGCACCCACACAGGGGAGAAGCCGUACAAGUGCAACGACUGUGGUCAAAGCUUCCGCAAGCGGGAGUACCUCAAGUGCCACCAGCAGACCCACACCGGGGAGAGGCCCUUCACGUGCACCGAGUGCGGCAAAAGCUUCAUCCAGAAGCAUCACCUUAUUGCUCAUCAUCGGACCCACACAGGGGAAAGGCCGUAUCAGUGUAAUGACUGCGGGAAAACCUUCAGGCACAAGCAAAACCUGACCACGCAUCAGAAAACCCACGGCAUUGGCUUGUGAGGGCUGCAAGGGGUUAGAACAGACUCGUAACUUUGAGCCCAAACUCAGAUGUGGGAUUUUUACUGACCUUCUCUCCAGUUUUCAUUCUGGCUUCCAUAUGGAUUAGAUAGGCUUCAAUCUGUUAACAGAUUUUAUAUAUAUAUAUAUAUAUAUAUAUAUAUAUAUAUAUAUAUAUAUAUAUAGUGUCUGCUCUUCAGGAAUGAGACAAUCACGGAGGUUCUGGCUCAGCCACCUUUUUAAUGCAGAACAUCGGAUUUUGGGGGAAUUCUGUAAUGAUUUUGACCUGUUGUCUGGUCUCCCGUCCUUGACAAUACUGAACGUAUCUCGUUAAGACAAUGCUUCAUAAUGAUGCCCGCUUCCUGGCUUGGUGCCAUUUCUGAUAUUACAGGAAAGCAUAGAAGUCCAUGUCCAUGGAACAAACCAUGAAAUACAUGGGGUGGGGGGAUCUAGGUGUAUUUCAGAUCAGUGCCAAGAAAAAAAAAAUAUGGAACUUUAAUCUUCUUACAUUUGUACAAGUGUGACUUUGAUUGGUGCUUAACAUGUGCUGCCCCUCCACCCUCACUAAAUCCCAGAUAUUUGGGGGUUUACUUGCCACCUUUCCAGCCUGCUGCAGUGUUACCGUGCAAGGCACAAGUGAAUACAGGCUUGGCAUUAAGCGCAGAAUUAUAGGGAAGCAAGCUAUGCAUCUGUUAUACUCAUCUCUAACAUUAUUAUUUGUUUUAAAGGUCAACUAAAGUUGCUCUCUCUGUUCAAUGCACUUUCGCCAUAUGACAUAAAAGUAACUGGCUUCUUAAUACCCCUACUUGCCUGCCCUCUGCUCUCUUUGACCGUAUGGGUAGAAAUUGGCUGCCCAACAUUUUUUCUGUUCCUUAUGGUCCAGCAGUGGGCCAGUGGGCUAAUCAUUUUCUUUUAUGAAAAAGCAAAGGCAACAA